AUGGGGACGUCGGUGCAGGUGACGCCACUGUGUGGAGUGUACAAUGAAAACCCAUUAUCAUAUCUGGUUUCCAUCGAUGGCUUCAACUUUGUUAUCGAUUGUGGUUGGAACGAUCACUUCGACCCCUCCCUUCUUCAACCUCUAUUAAUUCAUCACUUUCUCCUGAGAAUUUGUGAUUGCUUCGACGUGUUGUUGUCACAUUCAGAUACACUACAUCUUGGUGCUUUACCCUAUGCCAUGACCAUGAAACAAUUCGGACUUUCUGCUCCAGUUUAUGCAACAGAACCUGUCUUCAGAUUAGGGCUGUUAACUACCUCUGCCGCAAGCAAGUAUCAGAGUUUGAUUUGUUCACACUGGAUGAUAUUGAUUCUGCCUCUUCCAAAACGUGACAAGAUUAACCUACUCUCAGAAUUGUCAUUUAUCUGGAAAAGGGGAAGGUAUAGUGAUUGCACCUCAUGUUGCUGGUCACCUCUUGGGAGGCAUUUAAAUGGAACAACGUCAAAGGGAUCAAGAGUUUAUAGAUGCUAUAUUGAACACUCUAAGAGGCAAUGGAAAUGUGUUGUUGCCUGUGGAUACUGCUGGUCGAAUACUGGAGCUGCUUUUGAUACUCGAACAGUAUUGGGAACAACAUCAUUCGACCUAUCCUAUCUUCUUUCUCACAAAACAUCCCAGACCCAGAGGGCCCAAAGUUUAGAAGUGGGAUUUUCACAUGAUAUAUUUGUAGAAUGGGCUACGGUUGUUCUUUUUACGGAAAGGGGACAGUUUGGUAUCCUUCAGUCAGAUCCACCUCCUAAAGCUGUUAAAGUUACCCUUUCAAAGAGAGUUCCAUUAGCUGCAUAUGAAGAAGAGCAAGAAAAGAUUAAAAAGGAAGAGGCUUUGAAAGCCAGCCUUGUAAAGGAAGAGGAAUCAAAUUCAAAAGCUGUGCUUGGAACUGAUGUUUCCAAAUCUGACCCAAUGAUCAUUGAUGGCCAUGCUCAACUUGAUUUUUGUUUACUUUUUUAA